AUGACUAGUCCUUGGGUAGUUAGGGGUGAUUUUAAUAAUGUGUUCAACUUGACUGAUAGAUUUGGUUCACCUGUAUCUCUUACUGAGGUUGAACCUUUUAGGCAAUGCCUAAGAGAUACUAGAAUGUUUGACUGGCAAACUGGGGGAAUGUUCUAUACCUGGAAUAAUAAGCAAGAUGGUUUGAAUAGGGUGAGUACUAAGAUUGAUAGGGUGUUGGUCAAUAAUGACUUGUUAAAUUGCUUCCCUGAUAUGCAAGCUAUGUUUCACCCUAAGGGUCAUAUGGAUCAAUGUCCUUGUGUUAUCACAUUGAGUGAGGGGGGUAUGCAGUUGAGAAAACCUUUUAGGUUUUUCAAUAAGUGGGUUGAGGCUCCUGGGUUCUUAGAAGUUGUGAGAGAUGCUUGGAAUAUUAAUGUGGCUGGGACUGUUAUGUUCCAGGUGAUUAAAAAGCUUGCUGAAACAAAGAAAGUGCUGAAAAGUUUAAAGCUCACUAAGUUUACUUGUGUGGAAACGGCUUAUGCAAUUGCAGAAAGGAAGUUGCUAGAGAUUCAGACUACUCUCCAAGGUGACCCUAGUAAUAAUGAUCUUAUUACUCAGGAAAAAGUUGUCAGGGAUAAUUUUGGUCUCACUCACAGGGCUAGGUAUUAUAAGUCUUUGCUGGGUACUACUGCCGCUACUAGUGGUCAGGUGCAUCCUGCUGUUAUAGAGGAGGGUAAAUUUAUGCCUGCAGUUCAAAGGGAUAGGAUGUGUAGGGGUUUCACUGAUAAAGAUGUGAAAACUACCCUUUGGAGUAUUGAGGAUGAUAAAUCCCCUGGUCCUGAUGGGUUUUCAAGCAAAUUCUUUAAGCAAGUGAAUGCAACUUUUAUCACCUUGGUUCCUAAGGUUGAGAAUGCUAAUAUGGUGACUCAAUAUAGGCCUAUUGCUUGCUGCAAUGUCAUCUAUAAAAUCAUUUCUAAAAUGAUUUGUGAGAGACUAAAGGAGGUGUUGCCUGAGCUUAUUGAUCCUAGUCAAGGGGCUUUUGUUGCUGUUAGGUCUAUUUUGGAUAAUAUUUUGCUCUUCACUAGAGUUGACUUGGGUUCUAUUAAGCUUCACUUUAAGGCUUUUCAGAAAUUUUCUGAAGUUUCUAGUUUGUCUGCAACUUUGGAUAAAAGUGAUGCCUACUUUGGGAGCAUCUUGGAACAUGAAAUAUGUGAGCUUCAGCAGGUUCUUGGAAUGGCUAAUGGUACUCUCCCAUUUAGACCCUUGAUUGAAAGGGUUACAAGCAGAAUUGACACUUGGGCUACUAAGUAUCUGUCUUAUGCUGGAAGGUUACAGUUGGUUAAAAGUGUUCUCUUUGGUGUUCAAGCUUUUUGGGAUCAGAUUUUUAUUUUACCAAAGAAAAUCAUUAGAGAAAUGGAAUCCAGAUUCAGAUGUUUCUUAUGGACUGGGAAAGGUAACCCCACAAAGAAAGCUCUUGUUGCCUGGAAAUUUAUGUGCCUCCCCAAGUUUUGUGAUGGUUGGAACUUGAAUACCUUGGAAGAAUGGAAUAAAGCAACUAUUACUAAUGUGCUCUGGGACCUUGCUAGCAAAUCUGAUAACCUUUGA